AUGAUAAACACCCUCGCAAAGAGUGUUGCCCCGCUAUUGGUGACGCUUGCUCUUUUGGUUUUCGGACCAAACUUCUCAUCUGCUCAAGGCUUAGGCUCAGCUUGCACCUGCCAGUUUCGAGACUUUCUCGACGUCUUGACGGAUGAAGCUUCGAUUGGGACAGCCAAACCUGACAACCACUUGGAUCCGUACACGCCCAACUCCCAGUAUGACUCGGAUAUUUGGUUCACAUCCGUCUACUACGGUGAAGAAUUGGCCAACCCAACCGUUACCUAUCGAUUCUGUGAGCACCAAAGAACUUUUACUGUCUUUACGCCCGACAGCUAUGCUUCCCCGUCCUGCAAUGUGGUACUGUCUGACACACCCGAGUGCUCCGAGUGGAAGUCCAAACAGAUUCCAGAUGAAACCAACUUUCGCAUCUUUCGACAUCUCGUUGGAACAGGGAGCGAAAUUCCACUGGAGGAUAUGGUAACGGAGGUGGAUGCUGUGUGUGGAACCUCUUGUCCCAAUGUCCCUAUUGGAGCGCAUCCUUAUGACACUGGCUUUGUCUUUGCCUAUUCCAAGGCAGGCACGGUGUGUUUCCAUCACGGACGAGUGGGAUGCCAGGAAAGCCAACGUGAUGUUUGCGAGGCUUAUUUUGAGUGUGAUUCUAGAACAUCCGCCAGCGAUACCGACACGACAAGUUGCUUCUCAUUGGAGGAUCCCAACCAAGUCCACCGUCUUGUCAUGUUCGAGAUGGCAAGUGACGACCAGUCCGCAGUGGAAGAUGUCAUUUACGUGGAAAUCCAAUUCGGCAGCAACGACGAUCCAAUCCAAAUUCCAGUGGCACCUGCUGGUACGACCAAGUCCAUUCGCCGCAAUGGUGAUAACCGCUAG